GCGGGCGCAGCCGUUGUAAGGAAAUCUGCUGGUUCAAAGAGGACUGGGGAAAAAAAAAAAAAAAAAGCUGAAACCCGGUUCGCCAUAAGCAACGUGUGCGGUGACGGCCCGAGUACUGGCGAGCGAAGCUGCAUGCUGAACGCUGGCUCCCUGGUCUCUCCCCUGCUGAACUUCACAGGCUGGAAAAAAGAGGAGGGGGGCACAUUGGCGACGCAUGCAGAGAAGAUGGCAUCUGAAGACAUCUCACAGUUGGCUGAUUCCCUGGCAAAGACAAAUGUUGGAGGAGGAGAGUUGAGCUUUAAAGGCAAGACUCUGAAGCUUAACACGGCUCAAGAUGCCGAGGAAGUGAUCCAGGAAAUUGAGGCGUAUGAGGGAUUACAGGCAUUGCGUCUGGAAGGCAACACCAUAGGUGUGGAAGCAGCUAAGGCUAUCGCCAAAGCUUUGGAAAAGCAAUCUGACAUCAAGCGAUGUCAUUGGAGUGAUAUGUUUACUGGGAGAUUGAGAUCUGAAAUCCCGCCAGCACUGAUUUCCCUAGGUGAAGCCCUGACCUCUGCCAGAGCUCAGCUUACGGAACUUGAUCUGAGUGAUAAUGCUUUUGGACCAGACGGUGUGAGAGGAAUCGAGGCCCUGAUCAAAAGCUCCACAUGCUUUACACUGCAAGAACUCAAACUAAACAACUGUGGUAUGGGAAUUGGUGGAGGAAAGAUUCUGGCUGCGGCUCUGACAGAGUGCCAUAAAAAGUCCAGUUCAUUUGGCAAGCCUCUGGCUCUCAAAGUGUUUGUGGCUGGAAGGAAUCGCUUAGAGAAUGAUGGGGCUACAGCUUUGGCAGAAGCGUUUCGGUUAAUCGGCACCUUGGAGGAAGUACACAUGCCUCAGAAUGGUAUUAAUUAUUCUGGAAUCUCUGCACUGGCAGAAGCAUUUAAAGUCAACCCAUUGCUAAAGGUCAUCAACCUUAAUGAUAACACGUUUACAGAUAAAGGAGGCAUUGCUAUGGCUGAGGCACUGAAGACCCUGAGACAAGUGGAACAUAUUAAUUUUGGUGACUGUUUGGUGCGCUCUAAGGGAGCAUUUGCAAUUGCUGGGGCCCUGAAGGAGGGUUUGCAUAAGCUAAAGGAACUUAAUCUCUCCUUCUGUGAAAUUAAGCGCGAUGCAGCUCUUGCAUUAGCGGAGUCAGUGGAAGACAAAUCCGAGCUGGAGAAAUUGGAAUUAAAUGGAAACAGUCUUGGCGAGGAAGGUUGCGAACACAUUCAUGAAAUUUUGGAUGGCUUCAGCAUGGCCUCAGUUCUGGGAUCACUUAGUGAUGAUGAAGGUGAUGAGGAUGAAGAUGAAGAGGAUGACAACGAUGAUGAUGAAGAGGAAGAAGCUGAUGAGGACGAAGAUGGUGAGGAGGAUGAAGAAGAUGAUGAUGAUGAAGAGGAGGGAGGAGAAGAAGCGGAGGAAGAGGAACAUAAUGAGGAGAAAUCUAAGAAAAUUCCGCAACAUGAUUCCACACCUGUUUCACCUCCCCUUCCUCCUGUUGAUCCAUCCACAUUCCUCAGUUUUCCUUCUCCUGAAAAGCUCCUGCGGAUGGGGUCCAGACGUUCUGCAAUUGUAGCUCAGACUGAUGUUGCAGAUACUGAUAAGGUAGUCCAGGCUUUUGUCCAGAUUUCCUCGGUGUACAGAGAUGACCAAGCGGUGAAAACAGCAGUAGAAGAAACCAUCGAUGGGUUAAUGGAAAAGGCAUUUGGCAGCUCAAUUUUCCAGCCAGACAUGUUUGUCACCAGUUUAUUAGUGCGUAUGGGACUUCUAAAGAGUGAGGAGAAGAUUAAAGCCAUUCCACACUUGUAUGGACCAUUAAUGACUUUGAAUCAUGUAGUACAACAGGAUUACUUUCAGAAAUCUCUUGCUCCUAUUCUUCUGGCUUUCAUUUCUAAGCCCAAUCGUGCGUUGGAAUCUCAGCCCCAUCCUCGGCACACCCUCCUACAAACGCUGCAUAAAUUGUAACCUUCCCAGCAUACCUUGGACGAUGAUUAAAUUUGAAAUGCCUGACCCACAGGAAGGAAAUCGUUACAAGAACUUUUAUCGGAGAACCCAGACUGUAGCCUGGGGGUAAAUCUCCUGCUCUUAUCCACAGCCCUUUUUCCAGUCUGUUUGUUUACAUUUGAUGAGGGUUGUACCCUUUCUCUGGCUGACCCUGUUAACUUGGUUUGGAUCUCAGGAAAAUAAAAAUAAAAAACCUAGAAUUGGACAAUUACAGUAUACACAUCCCUAUGAUGCCAUGUGUCACAAUAAUAAAUAUACGUUACUCUAUUUCCUGUUAAUAGGAUUCAUUUUAACUUCCUGUAAAAAAAAGUUUGGUAAUUAUUUGGAUGAUAAAUAGGCUUGAAUACUAAGUGGAUUUAUUUGUUGCAUGUCUACAACUGUAAUGCAUUCUAGUGGUGAGUUAUACGCGUUGCUGGUGUGUACUGCUGUGUAUAUAUAUUAAAGAAAAAGAAGGGUUUUAUAUGAUCACUAUCAGAGAACAGCUCAAAACUACACUCUGCUGAAACACAGGAGCCGCUGGUUAUUAGUGUCCCUGCAACAUACAUAAAAGAAAUAAUUGGUUUUGAAAGCUUAUUUUUUAUUGUAUACAUGUUCUCAUGGUGUACGUAAGCAUUUAAUUUAAUCUAAUUUCUGCUUGUUACAGAAAACGGUGAAGUUUCUCUAUGAAGCGUGUCGCCUUUAAUCUCAAGGGACACAGAGUGCUUCUUUAUUUGUACAUACUUAAACUUUUUUUAUUUUAUUUUUUCAUUGCACAAUUCUUUACUCCAUAGUGCUUACACUUUAGUGUAUUUUUCCCUUUGACAAUGUAAAAAACUAAGCAAAGGCAUUACUUUGUGACUUGGGAGUAUGUAACUAAUCAAGAUGUAUAUUGCUGUAUUUUUUUUAUUUAAACCACACUAUAAAGUUGAACACAACAUUUAAUGUAGAAAAUUUAGACUUUUGCUGUAUUUUUAUUUAACCCACACCAGGAACUUGCAUGAAAUAACACAAGGAUUUAAAAUAGGAUAAAUAAAUAAUCUGCAAUCCAUGCACCAUUCUGCUUGUAAGAGUCUUCUCCAGGUUGGUUAACUUUAUAUUUUUUUAACUUCUCCUAACUUCAAUGAUGGAAGCAGUUUUGUGGUCUAAAAAAAUAAAAAAUCAUAAUCUGCCUAUAAGUUCACUAGGAACUAGUGACAUCAUUAAGACACCUGCCAAUUUCUAAUGCAUUAAUAAAAAUUGUGUUAUGGAUAUAGUUUCAGCCCAUCUAAUGGCUUAAUUCCAUCUGGUAUUGGCAAAUUGGCCACCCUAUAAAGGUUAUGAAGAGGAAUAGCGGAUAUCCAGAUUUUGAACCGUAGAAAAAGCUGUUGGCUCAGCAACUGAACUUGUAGUACAAGAAUCUACUAGAGCCUGUGUUGCAACCAUGACAUGUGAUGCAUGUGUAUAUGCUUUCAUAUUGCUCUAAUAUAUGUUUGGGUACAGCGUACCACUUAAAGUAACCACGUAAAGUUAUUUUACAGUCAAGUCAAUGUGUAGUAUAUAAGGAAUGUGGAUACUUUACCUAAAAGUAAUGUCAAGGUUCUUUGCUGAUUCAAUAAACAACAGAUUUCCAUAAGAA